AUGGUGAGAGGAAAGGUGGAGAUGAAGAGAAUAGAGAAUGCAACAAGCAGACAAGUGACUUUUUCCAAGAGGAGAAUUGGGCUUCUGAAGAAGGCCUGUGAGCUUUCAGUACUUUGUGAUGCUGAAGUUGCUUUGCUUAUUUUCUCUCAGAAGGGUGAACUCUAUGAGUUCUCAAGCUCCAACAUAAAGAAGACGAUACAGAAAUACCGUGACAAUGCUAAAGCAAAUGAAAGCUGCAAUGAAAUUGAACCCCAAAAUCAGCAAUUGAAGCAUGAUGCCACCAUCAUUCAAAAGAAGAUAGAGCAACUCGAAGUCUCACAACGAAAGCUUAUGGGACAAAAUUUGGCGUCGUGCUCAGUAGAUGAACUACUGAAGUUAGACAGUAAGCUUGAACAUAGCUUGACAAUCAUCAGGGCGAGAAAGAAUCUAUUGUUCAAGGAUCAAAUUGAAAAUUUGAAAGCAAAGGAGAGGUUCCUCUUGGAAGAAAACACAAGAUUAUGUCAACAAAACACGAGCUUAUGCGAAAAGGAGAUUCAUGUCACUGCUACAAGCAGGGAAAGUAUCCAGAAUUUGGAGGUAGAGACAGAAUUAUUCAUUGGUUCGCGCCUCGAUGAAGAGUGAUGAAGUUGAGCUAAAUUAGAACUGCUUUUCUAUCAUAACUACAUUGUUGUUUUACAUGCGU